CCACAUUCAAUAUGCAACAACAUGGUCAACAACACCUUAAUUAGGCUUGCAAUUGAAGAUCUUGAAUCACAAGAGGCCCCAAAUUACACUGUGGCUGCAAGAAAGUACUCAGUCAACCAAGAGACCCUGCACCAACAGCAUAAAGGCUUGCAACUUGCUCAGGAUGAAGCAGCCUCCUGAUAUAAGAAAAAGCUCUCUGAUAUACAGGAGGCAGAGCUCCUGAAUUAUAUAAACAAGCUCUCUAGCCGCGGCCUUGCCAUUACAUCUCAGAUUCUACAAAAUAUUGUACAAGAGAUGACAGGAGAGGAUGUUGGAAUCAACUGGGUUAAUCAAUUUCACAAGCAGCAUAAUAACAAGAUCAAAUGCAUUUAUCUCAAAGCAAUUAAUCAAAAUAGUUGGAGCAGAAAAUCAAUCAAUAUAACCUUGAGCCCUCAAACAUCUACAACUUUGAUGAAAAAGGAUUCCUCCUAGGCUCCUGCCAUGCCUCAAAGUGAUUAGUCUCUAUUGAAGCCCUAUGAGCUGGAAAGAAUACUGCCACCCAGGAUGGUAGUCAGGAAUUCCUCUCAUUACUCUGCUCAGUCUCUGCUGAAGGAAUUGCACUACCUCCAGCUCUUAUUUACCAGGGUGAAUCACAAGAUCUCCAGAAUACAUGGCUAGAUGAUUAUGACAGAAGCAAAUGGGCCUACUUUGCAGCUUCAACAAAUGAUUGAAGCAAUGAUGAAUAUGGGGAUUAUCCAAGCCAUGACAGAGAAGCAAUGCUGCAAGCAAGGCAAGCCCCUAGGCCUACUCAAUAGAGAUAAUCCUAGUCAAGUGCAGUUCUGGUCUCCAACAAAAGUUCUUAAGGCAUGCGAGCACCUGGAUGAAAUAGAGGCCAAAAAAGCUGAUAAAAUUGCUCAAACACAACAGGCAAAGCUUUAAUGAGAGCUUCAAAAGGAGCAGGCUGCUAGGGAUGCUGAAGAAAGAUGGAUUGAACAGGAGGAUGCCUGUAAAAAGACCCACAAGCAAUGAGAGACUGAAAAAAUCAAAUGUGCUAGAGAAAGAGAGGCACAAUGUGUUGCUUGUGAGGAGAAGAAGGCUUUACAACUAGCAGAGAAGAAAAAACAGGCAGUUGAACAUACUACUAAAUGCUGGCAGUCAGGCAUUCAAGCACCAGCUUCAAAGCACUGUCAGAAGGACUCCCCUACUAAAGAGUCUCAUUACAGAGAGCCUAUACAACCUUCCAAAAGGGGAAGUAAGAGCUCUACAAGCCUCCCUAGCAAGUCAUUAGGCUCCCUAGCCAAGAAAUCUACUGUUGACAUUCCUUUGAAUUCUUUCCUAUCUACCCCCCGAAUCUCUCACUCUGGCCGCAAUAUUAGGCCGUCCACCUGUUUAUUUUCCUAACUACACUAAUUUCUAUGCUUCAAAGAACACAUUCAUUUAAUAUUUAAUAGCUAUUUAAUAAUAAAGAUCUGGUUGUUGAGAUAUUUAAUAAAUUCGUUGCUUAGAGC